UUCAGUUACAGUGCAAGCAGUCUGUUUUAAAGACAAGGCAGUGUUUAUUAUUUCUCAUAAUGUUGGGGUUUUACCAGUCAUGUAUUAUUAUGUUUGGGGUAGACAUCAGGUUUAUUUUGUUCUAAAUUUAAUUCCACUUAGAUAAUUAAUAUGCAUGUUUUAUGUAUUUAAUGUAUUUCUCAUGAUGUAUAUAGACCUUUCAUUUAUGUCCUUGCUCUUUAACAGGUGUGCUCAAGUGCACAGUUGCAAAAUGCAGAAUCUGACUGAUCUUCUCGCCAAUGCAACAUCCCAUAAAAGCCUGUCGUUGAUCAUUAAGGUGUGUGUGGUUAUCCCCUUCUUCUGCUUCUUCCUGUGCUGUAUUGUUGUCAUGCUGCACAUCUUUGCCUCUCACAGGCAGCUCCUGGACACGUCCCGUUACAUCCUGUUUGCCUACAUGCUGAUCAACGACACCCUCCAGCUCAUGUCCUCUGUGCUGCUCUUCCUGUUUGUCAUGGGUCAGGUGAAAUUUGCUAUCAUCUACUGUGUCCCCCUGCUGUUAAUAUCCACCGCCACUUUCCAGAACACACCCUUAAUCCUGGCGACCAUGUCACUGGAGCGUUAUGUUGCUAUUUGCUAUCCCCUGCAGUGCCCGGCCACCUGGCGCUCAGACCGCAUCUGGAUCAUUAUCCUGUCUCUCUGGUUCAUCAGCUGUAUCUUCCCCAUUAUUGACUAUUCAAUCGGGAAAAGUGAUCCUGCUCUGGACGUCCUCUCUACCCCCGUGCUUUGCAAAACCACUGCUAUCUACUCAUCUCCACUCCAGAUGUUGUUCAGAGCUGCUAUAAACGUGCUCUUCUUUGCAGUGGUGGCUGUCAUCAUUCUCUUUACGUACGUGAGAAUCCUGCUGGAGACCAGGAAGCUGAGACAGGACAGAGCAUCUGUGAACAAAGCUAUGCACACUGUGCUGCUACACGGCUUUCAGCUGCUGCUGUGCAUGCUGGCCUUCACUCACCCCAUCACUGAGAGUCUCAUAGUGCUCCACGCUAACUGGCUACCCGAAGACAUCGCCUUUUUUAAUUACUUCUGUUUCAUCCUAAUCCCACGCUUUCUCAGUCCGCUCAUCUACGGCUUUAGAGAUCAGAGUCUGAGGGGCUACAUUGGGAAAAAAUUCGUCUGCUGCUCAAACAAUGUCAAACCCAGAAUCAGCAACUUUUUUGCUUCCUGAACUGGCUGAUUUAGUUUUUCACUGAGCUGCCAACGUAAUACACAAACAUCACAUGAUGUCUUUGUGAUGUAUAAACAGGGUAUCUGGACAAGGUCUUAAAAAGUCUUAAAAGACAGGCUCACAAUUUUUCAAGACUGUCUUAAAACAAAAGUCAGGUGCACAUAUAAGCUUUGGAACGGGUUUUUCAGGUGCUAUUCAUUCCUCCUGUUCAUAGUGGCCAUUAAGAGAUGCUUUUCCAAUGCACUCUCAUUGUAAGUGACAAUGUCCACAAUCCUUGUUCUGAGUAAAAAUGUAUUUCCAAGUUUACGUGAGGCUUCUGUCAUACACUAUGAGGCUUCAGCAGCCUGAAUUAGACAUAUCAAGGUAAUAUCUUUCAAACUGAUUCUUUUUGGUAUUAAAACUUAUGUGCAGCUGAUUGCUGUAUUAAAACAGAUUUGACAAAUUGUGAAUCUAUCCUUUAAAAAGCACUGAAUUUAAAAGUUGUAACAACAGUUAAUUGUACUGUUCAAUCCCUCAGCAUCACCAGCAAACACUGUCACUACGGCAGCUACAGUGGCUAUAGGAGGCUCAUUGUCUCGUUAAUGGAAAAUGAAUUUUUUUUUUUUUUCUUUGUCCACUGGGCCUCUGGAUCCAGGUCAUAGUAAUUUAAGUAACUGUAUCAGUAGAAACUGGUGUUAUGUAAUGAUGGGAAGAACUGAAAUAAAUAUAGUAUAGUAAUUAAUUAUUAUUUGACAUAUCAUGCCUACUUGUUUUCCAUCAUAGUUUAAUAUUUGGGACAGUAUGAUCAUGGAAACAGGUAUUAAAUUGCAUUCUAUAUGAUAUUAAAAAGUCUAAUAUUUAACCGGCAGCAAUCCUGUUAAAAUAUUUACUGUCCUCAUGCAUAAAGGGAGUGGACAAUACAAUGCUAAUAUAAAGAUUUACAGACUAUUAAAACAUUUAUGAUACUUGGACACCCAUAUCUAAGCUCUAAACAAGAAUUAAUCAGGAAUUGACUAAACCUCGUGUGCACUCUGCUGCCCUAUGAAUGCAAUCAUUGCACCACUUUUUGGGACAUGAUCAGCACUUCUAUAGAUCCAUCACAGUUAAAUAUAAACCAGGCAGGGUCUGUAAAGCUGUGCCAGUAAAGGUUACUCCACUGUGUGAGUGAAUUUCAGGUAUCAUUCUGGCACCUGCCCUGGGAUUCAUCCUCUCUCAUUGAGCAUGCAAUGCUGAUCAUGCAGGUUUAUGAUUAACUACAUGACUGAGGUACAGUCAAGCUAAUGCUAGAGUUUAUGACAGAUAUCCAAAAGUCUAAAAUCACAAAAAUAAUGUGGAUGUUGUCUUUCAAGCCCAUUUUGCAGAUUAGCACACAAAUCAGUGUGCCGUUCCCAGGGAGCAGAACUGUUAUAUGAAUGUAUGCAUUUCUGAGGAUACUUAUUGUAUGGUGACAGCAAUAUAAAUAUCCAAAUCAACAGUGAUACACGAUGUAACCCUGCAAACCACCGUCUGCUUCGGGGGCCCUAAAUAUGCAGUGAAGGUGUGUCUUUUUUAUCACAAUUUAGGCAUGUAUAAAAGGAGUAUCUUUUUGUGCUGGUUUUACACAUGCACAGUCCAUAAGAGGGAGAUUAUACUGAACAGAUAUCUAUGAACCAGACAAUUUAUUUCGUUGGACAUUUUUGUGAAUUCUUAUCAGAAAGUUGGUUACAGAGGUUUGUUUU